UUAUUUCCACAUAUCUGCACCAAUUGUUGACGAUUGUAUUCACAAUAGUAUGAAAAAUAUUCUAAAAAAUAUGUUGCAUUGAUAAAUUGUGUCUCUGGACCUGGUUUCCACUAACAUCAUAUAUUUUCUGUUUUUUUUAAGUCAUCCAAUAACACAACCUCAAACCAAGGAGACGUCUCACAAAACCCUCACCUGGGCUUCUACCAACUUAUUUAUGGCGUGAUGGUGGUCGUCAUGGUGACACUUGCCGUUAUCAAAUGCUUCUCCUACACUUGGGUGACCUUGAAUGCGGCCACCAACCUCCACAACUCCAUGUUCAAGAAGAUUUUCUCCAGUCCCAUGAGUUUCUUUGACACGACGCCAGCAGGACGCAUUCUCAACCGCUUCUCCAAAGAUCAAGAGGAGGUGGACACGGUCCUUCCCCUCCACAUGGACCCUUUCUUGCAGUUUACUCUGCUGGUCACCUUCACCAUCAUCACCAUCUCGGCAGUCUUCCCCCCGAUGCUGGCAGCUGUAGUUUUCAUUGGAGCUUUGUUCGGCCUCAUUCUCUUUAUCUUCCAGAGGAGUAUCCGUCAGAUGAAGAGGAUGGAGAACGUCAGUCGUUCUCCCUGCAUCUCUCUCACCACCUCUACCCUGCAGGGCCUCAGCACCAUCCAUGCCUACAACAUAAGAGACAGACACAUAAGACUGUUCAAGUCACUGAAUGACAUCAACUCCAACCACUAUUUAUUGUUUCACUCUGGAACACGUUGGCUCUCCUUCUGCCUGGACUCCAUGGCUUCAACCAUGACCUUGUUGGUGUCUCUGUUCGUUGUGCUCAGCAGUAAUGACUUCAUCAGUCCGUCUUUGAAAGGCUUGGCCUUGUCCUACACCAUACAGCUGACAGGCAUGCUUCAGUAUACAGUGAGGCUGGCGACGGAGGUGGAGGCUAGAUUCAACUCGGUGGAGCGGCUGCAGGAAUACAUCACGGGUUGUAAGUCUGAGGCCCCCAGGCAAAUAAAGGAGGCCCAAGUCCCAGAGGAUUGGCCGAAGAGCGGAACCAUCACCUUCCAGGACUAUAAGAUGAGGUACCGAGAAAAUACACCCAUUGUCCUGAACGGACUCGAUUUCUUCAUCCGAGCUGGAGAGAAGCUGGGCAUUGUGGGAAGGACAGGCUCUGGUAAGACCUUGAAUCCAGCAGUUUUUACUCAUAACUUUGUUUUUCAUGCAGGUUGAGUUUAGUGAAAAUGGGCAAUUCAGAAAAUGUCAAGAUGACUCGGACAUAUUAAAAUGAUUUGAUUGAUUGAAGGAAACUAUCACUAAUUAUCAGAGU